AUGCCGAAGAAGCAGAAGAAUCCACUGUACACGAGACCGUCAACGAAGCCACAUCCAUCAUUGACACUUUCAAACUCCACAACUCCAGCCCUCUAUGGCUCCACAGGCCUCGAAGAGAAACCUUCUGUCACAGAGUGUCUCAGAACACUCAGAAGUGAGGAGGCCGGACGUUUGCUGCCUAGACCAGCGCCAGUGGCUACAGUCCAUCCAUCUCUAAGAAACUUAUUGGACGUGCCAGAAACCCGUCAGCCUGGCCCCAGAACUGGUGUCCGAGCAUCAGGUCCAGCACAAACACGCCGUGUCCCAGGUCCGGCUGCUCCACUGAGCUGGCAACUUCUUGCAAGUCGUCAUACUCGCAGAACCGUACAUAACGAAUUCAUUAUAACGCCCAACUAUGCAAUUCAGAAUAUGAUUCACGAGCAAGUUCCCUUGCCCGGGGCAAAGCUUCCUCCAAGACGAAGUCUCCUGGAUACCGUUUUGAGAAGUAUGGCAGACAACUGGGAUUGGCAUCUACAACAUGAUCAUUACUACUUGGCAUAUAUUCCCAUUCGUCUGAAGGAAGCCCUCCUCAGUUACAUCUCCAGACAUACAUCAGAGGAACGUUUGACAAGAUCGAUUACUACUUUGCGUAUACUUUUUCCUGAGUACAGAAGCCUCGAAGAAGAAGGUACAGGACACCAGAUGCCCGUGGAGGACGCCAUUGAAGUUAUGCGGCUAGAUCUGGGCCGAGCCCUUGGUACUUGGCUCCGUACGAUGUCAUCGUUUAAGAAAGAAGUCAUUCGACCUCUCACACUACGAGAUUCCACAGCCCCAAGUGCCAACACUAGAGAUCAUAGUGUACGAGAAGCAAUCAGUGAGCCACCAGAAGCGUGGGACGAUGCAGAUGGAGCUGCUAGGGACAUUACGAGCCAGCUGUCUCUAUCCGGACCCUCAACAAAAUUGCCAGGAACAAGGUUUUCAAAGCUUCUGCAUCUCUCGUUGGCUCUAUCCCCAUCGGCGAUGUCUUCCACAUCGGGAGCCUCUUGGUCAUCGCUACUCUCCGUUACGCCCUACUUGUCAACUCUUCAGUCGCUGUCGUUAGGAUACUGGCCUUCUCCCACUCUUACACCCCACGCAGCAGCAGCAUCGGCUACAAUACGCAAUCCUGUGGCGAGGACGUUACCAAGGAUAUCAUAUGGUGGGACAGACAUGUAUACUGAAUCAGAAUCAAACUGGCGGGAAGCCGCAGGUAUUUUGAGAAAACUCAGCCGCCACCUUUACUGUUUGAAAUGGCUCGACUUGACCGGUUGUGGCGCAUGGUUUGGUGCGCUUUCGUGGACGGAUACGGAGGCACUGGCCGAUGACUUGAGCUCAGGAAUCAGGCUUCCAGGAGCUGGGCCAGACUGGAACGGUUCAUGGCGGAACGUCGAGUACCUUGGACUUUGUGUGGGAUGGACCUUGACUAGCUUCCAGGAUAGAGAGAUGAACUCUACAACUUCCCAAGCGCGUCCCGCCAAACAGCCUGAUCCUCUACCUCGCUCAUCUGCCAAGGUAGAAGAAUCAAGGGCAAGCACCAAUGGUUUGGGUUUGUUCAACCAAGACUGGGAUGUCGAAGAAGAGCGUAAAAAGUACUUCGCCAAGAAAGAACUGGAGAAACUCAAUGACUUAAAGUCAAGAGCACGUAAAGUAGCCAGACACGUGAGACUUGUCCGCGAGGUAGCUAGGGGCAAGUGGAUUGAGGUUGACCUCUAG